AUGGCUGGAGUGAUGGUGGUAGCCCAUCACAGUACCCUUCUCACGUAUCGAGAUCGAGCGUAUCGAGUUGAAUGCUAUUACAGAGAAGACAACAAUAUCGUACAAACAGAAAUGCGGGUCAACUCACAUCCACCUGCUUCACUGGCUUCUGACCCCAUCGCACUUCCAUCCUGUCAGUAUAAGGUAGAAACAGCGAGUAACUCUUCGUCUGAAGACUCCUCGCCUGCUAUCGUUACCAUAGGAGAUUCCGUUGUUCACGUAUGGACCUGCGGUGAUCCCAUUCAUGCGAAAAUCUACUGCAUGCAGGUACAUUCCUGUGUUGCUGACGAUGGAGGAGAGGAGAAAUUUACUGUUGUCGAUGCUGAAGGAUGCUCCACAGAUUCAGAAUUGCUAAGCGCAAUCACAUAUCCUACAUCGCUGCGAGCCUAUGCUCGAUCAAGAGUGUUUAAGUUCGCAGACAAAAGCGAUAUCAACUUUGCAUGCCAAAUACGACUAAUGAUGCUACCGAAUACUGCAAAUGGCACUUGUCCGGUAAGCUGCUUCAAAUUAGCGAUUUGA